UACGUACCCCAAUAUGACGAGAACUCGAGUAAGAUUUUUGCCAGUUACUUCCCUUUGUGUACUCUCUGUAUGGAAAACGAAAGUAGAUAUUUACAGACGGUACCGACCUACAUUCUGCAUGGUGUCUCUAAACAUGUCGAGGAGGAUUACAAAGUUUCUCGGGACCUGUACUUACAGGCGCUUCAUUGUUAUAAAGAAUCACGUGAAUGUUGUCCCGGAGAUAAAGACUAGCAUCCAGACUAGAAGACAACUUGCCACAGGAAAUGUCGAUCCAGGAUUUUUUGCCAAGAUGCAACAAGCAAGGACUAAACUUGCAGAUGCUGACAAACAAAGUGCAAUUGUGUCUCAUAAGGAAAAGGUCAAUGGUAUGGAUAUUCAUUUUGAGACGACAGGUGACGGUCAGGAGAUUCUCCUGCUCCUUCCAGGAGCACUUGGAUCAACCAGAACCGAUUUUGAGAAGCAGUUGACAGGGUUUAAUAAGUCUGACUACACCUUGGUGGCGAUGGAUCCCCAAGGCUACGGGCGGAGCAUCCCUCCGGAGAGGACAUGGCCUCUAGAGUACUUACAGAGGGAUGCUGAUGAUGCCCUCCAACUUUGUAAGACACUGGGUCUGCGUAAGAUCUCCGUACUGGGAUGGAGUGAUGGCGGUAACACUGGGAUGAUCUUGGCAGCCAAAGAACCCGCGCUAGUCAGCAAGCUGGUGGUCUGGGGCGCCAAUGCUUAUUUCACCGAACAGGACAUUAAUGCAUUUGAAAAGAUCCGGGAUAUUUCAUCAUGGAGUGACCGUAUGAGGGAGCCGUUUGUGAAGGUAUACGGAGAAGAGUAUUUUCAGAAACACUGGAGCAAGUGGGUGGACGCUUGUCAAGCUUACUACAACGACCGGGAAGGUAAUAUUUUUAUGGACGACCUGAAGAAUAUUACAGCGAAGACUCUGAUUAUCCACGGCGUGAAGGAUGCCCUGGUAGAACAGGAACAUCCUGACUACCUACAUGCUAACAUCAAGUGCUCCGAGUUAUUUCUAAUGCCGGAGGGGAAACACAACCUGCACAUCCGCUACUCAAAAGAAUUCAACUCCCUCGUCGAGGAGUUUUUGAAGAAAUAAAGUCACUGGGUCAUAUUCCCUAAA